AAGGAAAUGACAUCAUCUGAUAGAUCAUCUACAUUUUAAAAAUGACCCUCACUUUUUUUAACGCAGUGCUGCAACGCUUUUGUUAGAGAACUUUUGUGUUGAGAUCUUCGUGCUCGGGACUGAGAUGUGAACAUUAUUAUUUUUACUGUAGAUUUUCUGAGCAAACAUCUAAGCAAAUAUUUGAUGUAUUAUUGAUGUCAGAUAUACACAAUAGGAAAAGCAUGGAGUUUAACUUUACAUUCGUAUCACUGAUCCUACUGAUAACCAUUCAAGGCUUUCUAACAUCAACAUACAGCAUACCAGUUAAAUGUGAACCGAAAAACAUUUGUGCUGUGAGAGGGGAAUGGGUGACACUGAAGUGCUCUUACUCAAACAUCAACAUCAAAACUGGGUUCUGGUUCAGCCAGAAACAGAAAAAAAACUGGAGAAACAAAGAUGAACCUGAAGAUUUGACUUUAGAUUCAGAUUACUCAGGACGAGUGAAACAGCAAAUCACAAACUUCAGUUCAUAUCUCACAAUAUCAGAUCUGAGAGAGAGAGACAGUGGAGAAUAUCAGCUCAUGUUCAUUAUGAAGGAUGGAGUUAAACAUCUCAGCUCAGUCACAGUCAAUCUAACAGUCACAGUCCUGCAGGUGAGAAAACACCAGAACAAACUUACCUGUGAUACCUCCUGCCCUUUAACCUCAAAUCCUCAGCAUAUCUACUGGAAAAAAGAUGGAGGAUAUAUAGGAAAGAGUGAAUCUAUACAGUUUCCUUUGUCACCUGCUGCCUACUCCUGUUUUCUACAUCCGUACUCUAAAAUCUCUUCUGACCCUUUGUGUCUUUCUAACAGUGUCUGUUGGGGUGUGACUUACACCUCUACAAGAGUUUGUGCUUUAGUGGGAUCAACAGUAGAUAUUCACUCUUCAUACUCACAUCCCACUGGAUAUACAGUAAAGAAAACAUACUGGCAUUUACCAAACAAUAAAUAUUUGGAUCUGCGUGAUGUUCAUCAGUUUGCUGGUCGUGUGGAGUAUAUGAACAACACACUGAAAAUCAAAGACGUUAAGAUGAGCGACUCUGGUGAAUAUCGAUUCAGGAUCAUCACUAACACAAACUCUUACUCUGGUUUACCUGGAGUCAUUCUCACUGUUACAGAUACACAGGUGAUAAGCAGUCCAGUCACUGUGUCAGAGAGAGAGAAAGUGAUAUUGAGUUGUUCAACCAAAUGCACUCUGGAUAACAAACAUACUUACAUCUGGUACAAGAAUGGAAGUCUGCUCACAGAUGGAGUCAAACUAUAUAACAAACUGUACCUGGACUACCUGGAGGAGAUACAAGAGUAUUCAUGUGCUAUAGGAGAAGGUCCAGAGACGAGCACAGCAACACAAAUCCCCAUAGUAGUACUGUCUGUGUUACUGAUUCUUGCAGUCAUAGGGAUCCUGUGUUAUAGUUUCCUGAGGAGGAGGAGAAAGUAUAUAUCAUCUCAAAAAUGUGAUGAUGCAAAACCGUCUGCACAGCCUCAACCCGACUCAUCUACAUUGGAUAACUCCACACCCCUGUAUGCAGAAGCUAACUUCACCCACCAGACUCACUCAGAGGAGCAGGACCUUCAUUAUUCAAGUGUUAACUUCAAGUCUAACAAAACCACUCCUUCUAUUAUAUAUACAUCAAAUGAAAAUGUUUGUUAUGCCACUGUGAAGUCAAAAUAACCCUUAAAUACUCUUGCUGUCCACCAUAUUGUAACAAACAUGUCUUCAUGUCCAGGCCUGUGUGUUUGGAUAGUUUUAGUAAACAGUGACCAUUUAAUGAUAAAAGAGCUUGUGGUCAGACCCUAGCAACGGUAAACUAAGAGGUCAAGUGAAUGUUCAGUUUCAGGACAUUUCCAAGUUUACUUUUUUAAAAGGGAGAAACUGACUAUUUCCAUGUUUAAGUAAUAUAAUUGGGUCCCCAGUGCUUCUAUCAACCUUCUAUCUAUAUGAUAUUUUGAGCUAAAACUUCACAUACGUACUCUCGGAACACCAAAGAUUUAUUUUACAACUUAUGAAAAGUCUUGUGAAAUGUCCCCUUUAAAGGGGACAGAGAAUG